AUGAGAAGAAUCGAGGAUAGAUGGACUAAAAGAACGCUACAGUUGAUCACAAGAAAUGAUAAACGCCUACGGGAGACCGCCAACGAGAUAGGACCAUGCGUUCGCUGCGCGGAUGGACCAGCUGAGAGCUCAGCUGGAUACAGCUCAAGGACCUCGUCAUCGUCACUCACGAAACAUGAAAACAUCUUGCAUGGCAAUGGCGAAGGAAUGAAACGAGUGGAAGAGAUGCUGGGUCCCGCACUUCCAGUGAAGACGUGCCAUCCAAGUAUCCAAGUUCUCCCUCAGCAUUUCUCACAAAAUAUCUCGCUGCAACUGCCAUUUGUGUUGCGGAUGAAAAUUGACGGAACAAAAAAAGGUACUAGCACAUCAAACAGGAAAAAAGUUUUGAAUUCUCAGUGGUACAAUGUUCUACAUCGCCUCCACAGUCGAUUACUCGACACAGUCGUCCAAGACCAGUGA